AUGGAUAAUCCGGGUGCAAACCCUUUACUAUCUCCGCCCGAGCUCACGCCUCUAGAGCAGGAGGUGCUUGAUGAGUACGAGCGACUAGCGGAAAACAUGAAGAAGGCAAGUCAUAUCAUUAGUUUAGUCUACCUCGCAAAUGUUCUCGAUACUAUGGCCGGCCAGCCGACGACCGAAAUCCUCGAUGGCCUACGCGAACUCGAGCGCAAGACAAGUCUAGUAUUCACCUUGCUCAAGGCCAGUGUAUAUAGCAUUGUAUUGCAACAGGAGAUCGACUGGGGCGACCAAUCGAGAGGUUGA